CUUUAAAGACAGCUGCCAGAAAUUUUUAAAUCGCCGACAUUUUAUUUUUAGUAUUUACAUUUAUAUAAUGAACUAACGAAAUUUUAACGAAGAAAUAAAAAUAAUACGACUCGAUAAACGUUAUCACAAAAUGGAGAGAGUUAAAAGCACUUUAAAUAACGUUGCGGAUUACAUGGAAAAAGACAGUCGUGGUGUACAGAUUACGUGCUAUUCUCUGGCUCUCUUCGGUUUGACGGUAGCAGUGAGGAAAGUUCGUCCGUUCAGUAAGUUCCGUAAGCCUUUGGACGUACCUAAUCACUUUAUUAAAGAACGUAGAGAACUGGAAGGAUGCGUUAGAAGGAUAGACCCGAACGGGUCCUUACUGAUUAUAGAUCACAAACCGUUGGUUCGCGUACCGUUAACGUCUUCUGGUGAACUGCCCGUUAAAAUUUCCGGCAUUAAAGUCUCGGGUUUGGGAACCAAUUGGUUGCAAUCGAUCGUUGCCGGCCAGAACGUAACGUUCGUGCCAGUUUCGAAAGAAAAGAACUUUGUCGAAUGCAAAGUGCUCCUAAAGCAAGAUGUUAAAGACAACAAACAACAGACUAAAGAGCGAGUGUUAAACAUCGGUGAAUGUUUGGUUAAAGUUGGUUUCGCAGUGCCGGAACAAAUCGAAAAACCUUUAUCAGAAGAUUCGUUCUUCCUUAAAUACUACACUAUUCUUCUAAGGGCCGAAAAAUACGCUUUACGCAAACAACUAGGUUUUAAAUACUACGCAAUUCCCACGAAAAAAUUGUUAGCGUCCACAGCCAAUCAAUUAGCGCUGUUGUUUAACUAUUCGAAAACGAAUUUACCUAAAUUAGUUAUAAAAAUACCGAAGGUUUAUAACUCAUAGCGUCUACUGUUUAACGUAGUAUUCGCUGUUAGUAUCGUAAUUGGGCAAAUUAUGUGUUUGUAUAAUAUUGUUAGGUAUUUUUUUUAUCCCAAACACGCGCAUACCGUAUGGGAGGACCUGUUGAUACUAGUUGUUGAAUAAAUUGAAAAGUAUAUUUAUCGUUGUUUGGCGCGAAUUGAAGAUUAAAAUUCUUGAUAAUUUUUUUUUUAAUUUUACUUGACGAUAUCAAUUACAAUGCUACAGCGGUUAGAUUUUUUUGUUUGACUUCUUUUUUUUAACGAUAUUAAUAUAAUAUAUUAGUAUUUGUAUAAUUUUGAAUAGUUUAUUUUUUUUAUUAAAUUAAUAAUAAUAAAUUCAAUUAAG